AUGGUGGCCCGCACGGGAGCUCUCCUGCUUGUCCUAGUGGCACCCUUUGCCGUCACCUCAUUCCUAUGGCCAGGUCCAAGACGGAGAGCACCAAGGCUGGAACGACUGCAAGGGCCUCCCGUGCCUAAGGAGCCAGCACCCGAUGGCUCCCAGUACACCUGCAAGGAGACUGGCGAGUGUGUGGUGGAAGAGUGCCCACCGAAAGGCUGCCGCACUGCACUGGACGUGCGCAUGGACGACACCUGGUAUGACCUCUCUGGCUGGCGGAAGGCUCAUCCUGCUGGAGAGCACUGGAUCGACUACUACGACGGCCGCGAUGGCACCGAAGUGAUGCACGCGUUCCACAGCAUCAAAGGCCGUGAGAUGAUGAAGCGCAUGCCCAAGUCGAAGAAUCCGAAGGAGCUGGAGGCGAACUGUGCUCCGGUGACCCCGCUGACGCGAAGCUUUCGAAAGCUCAGGACGAAGUUGGAAGAGGAAGGCUGGUGGAAACGAGACCUGGUCCUUGAGGGCCGUCAAUGGUUCAUCUGGGCCUCGGUCACAGCGCUUGGUGUGGUGUGUGCACGCAGUGGUCAUUGGCUCGCCCUGCUUGGUGUUGUCUUGUUGGCCCUCGCCAACACGCAGGCUGGCUGGCUGGCCCACGAUUACAUCCAUGGCGUCGAUUCCUUCGCAGAGAAGAUGCGCUUUAUGGGGCCCCUUUGUGCAGGCAUGUCGCCCCUAUGGUGGUCAGACAAGCACAACAAGCACCAUGCCCUGACCAACGAGAUUGGUGUGGAUGAGGAUAUCGCCACAGAUCCCGUGCUUUUCGUCCGUGCACCGGAUCCAAAGAAUGAUUCAUGGCACCGGCGGAUACAGCACUUGACAGUGCCUCUCUCAUUUUCGAUGCUGUUCGUGAUUUGGCGAAUGGAUUCCAUCAAAGUUCUAUGGAAGGAAUUGAGAAAGAAGAAGCCACGGAAGGGCGCAGUCACUGAAACGGUACUGCUGGCCGCCCACUGGUCUUUGGUCUUUGCAUUGAUUCCUUGGCACAUUAUUCCGGCGUACAUCUUAUUGUCGGGCUUGAUCACUGCCAUCAUCACCACAGCCACUCACCAAUCAGAAGAAAUGUUCGAGGACUUCAACCCGGACUUCGUGGACAACCAGUUCCGUAGCACUCGAGAUGCCACCGUGCGGAACCCCUUCGGCAAGUGGCUCUGGGGAGGCAUGCAAUACCAGUUGGAGCAUCACCUGUUUCCUUCGAUGCCACGGUCCAAAUACCCAGCCUUGCAGCCAAUCCUCAAGAAGUUUGCCGAGGUGAAUAAAGUCCCAGGAGGCCAUCGAAGCAGUGGAGCGAUGGAGUUGGUGGUGGAGAACUGGCAGCUCUACCAACAGGUGGCGCAGGCCGAGCCGCAGCGCGGCGCGCCGCCGAUGAGGGGACGAAAUCAUCACGUCUCUGCACUGCCCUGA